AUGCGAAUCCUCGCGCUGGCGAGCAUACUGCCCCGCGCUGAGAACAUAAAGAGCAGUGCUACACCCUUUUUUCACUUGUACCUUUCAAGCGAACGACAGCCACUGACCGAAAAGAACAAAACUGACCCGGGAAACCUGGGCGAAAGCCUCGAUUCUGUGUAUCAACCCAAAACAUCGGUCAAACCUACCCAUUAUCCAAGACGGCUACGGCCUAUCGAGGGAAAGCUGUCAGCGGCUAGUAAAAGUAUUAUUGAAAAUGGGAAGAACUUUUUCCAGCAAAGGCUCACAAAGUCUGAUAUUAACCGGUACCGAUUGAGCCACUAUGAAAACGUGUGCAUCAGUUUGCUUCAGAGUGGCUAUCACUCUGCCUUCACGGAGCUAUUUACUCUUGUCGAAACACAGAAACAAACCCACGCCAAAACUGAUCAAAGUUCGACAUUCAGGUCUUCUACUUUAUUGAGAGAGCGGUCUGACAUUCUGCAUUCAACGGUAGACUAUCUGAUCCAAGCAGAACUAGCCGAAUGGGCCCGGGAUUAUGAUGAGGAAUACAAAACCCUUUUAAGGGCCGUGGAUUUUUUUCGUUCGAAAACCAAUGAAGAUUAUCUGGUCAACCACUUCUUGUGGAGAUGCAGUCAGGUUGCCAAUAAAACUCUCAGACUUUUUCGUGUUCUGAGUCAAAAGUCAGAAGAAUCGCCGAGUGAGGAAUUUUCGCAUUUCGGCGAUAUUGCUUCCUUGUUGGCCAAGGCAAAGCGGCGUGCAAACGAAGCCUCGUUUCACAUAAUGACAUUUCUGGCUGAAACAGGUGAGAUAUCUGCCGCAUACUCUGCUGCUAAGCAAUUAUAUGAGACACUGAAGAACGAAAAAGAGGUUUACAAAGUUCCGCCAGCGAAUCCGGACCAAGAAUCCGAUAGCAAGUGGAUCGUACGGGCACCGAGGAUGUCCGCAAUUGUGUGUGAACACUUGUGCAGAUGCCUGCUGCAUGAAGCCGAACAAAUGAGUGCGGAAAAUCCACCCGAUAAAUUUCCAAUUCUAUAUGAAGCACUCAAAUUUGGGACAGAAUCUGGCAACCAGGGUCUUGUCGGUAGCUGCAAUUUGGCAAUCAGCAGCAUAUAUGAACAACUUGGAGAUUGUAACCUGGCUCACAAGUUUGCCUACGAAUACUACAUUUUGGCAGAAAAACUGGAUGAUCGGCACCGCGUAGCUGCUUGUUCAGCCGUAGUCCGAAUCUAUGAAAAACUCGGCAAUGUUCCGAAGGCUCAGCGGUUGCUGAUAAAACUAGAAAGAUUCGCCAACGCCUGCAACGACCCACUGGUCACAGUUGAGGUGGAAAAGCUGGUAUCCCAGUUCCAUAUCAGGCAGACACAAGAUUACACAAAAGCCUAUGAAGCCGCAGAAAACGGAUUUCGACUGGCUCUGGAAGCCGGAAUCCCGGACAUGACAAAAACAAUGCGACUCUGGUGUGGUAUUGCAAAAGGACAGAGUCUUUAUGUGGUUUUCGGCCGCACCGUGUUAUGUGCUCCGAACGAUUCGGAUUCCAUGAUGUCGUUGUUGAACUGGCGAUCAAACAGGGUCCCAAUGCAACCGAUCGAUCAAUCCAGAUUUCGCGACAUCACAAGUAGGUUCACUUCACUAUAUCAUUCGUUGAUGACUUUUUUCAUCAUAGAUUUCUCAAUGCAACGACGUCGCGAACAGGUUCGGGAGAACCAGAAGUUAGCUAGUUCCUCAACUCAAGAAACAGAGUCCAUUCUGUCAGGAAGGACAAGACGACCAAUUCUGACGCAAAAAAGGUGUCAGUGA